GUGACAAUGAGUUGAUAAUUUUUGUCUUGUUUUGUCGGUAGGUAACACAAUUUUAACAAAAGUUGAAGAAUUUAAUUAAAAUUGUGUAUAAAAAACAGUAUUUAGUAAAUUUAGCUCAUUUCUUCGCUCGUAAGACUUUAUAAAAUCCGCUAGUCCUUCAUCACUACAAGGUAGUUUUCUCAAGAUCUGAAAAACACCGCACAGGCAACAUGGAAGAAGAAAUCGCCACUCCCGCGUAUAUGAAUCUUGCCAAUAUCAAAUUCUGUCUAACGCUGCCGGAAUUCAAAAACAAUGAAGAAUUGAAAUCAAAACUAAUGGAAGGAAUCCGCGAAGGCAAUAUGGCUCCGUAUUAUAAAGUAGUGUGCCAAGAUUUCGGCUGGCCAGUCGAUAAUGCCUUACUGAAACACAUGACAGAAGCGAAUGAGAAACGUAUUCAAGAGCUAGAUCAAGAACACGAUAAGAAUUUCAUCGAUGAAGAAGAUCAAGUUAGUGGUAUUUGGCAAGCGAAGUUGGAUUACCUGUGUUCCAUCGGUGAUCAACAAGCAGCUACUGUACUUGCUGAGACCAAAUUUAAUGAUAAAACUGUACCGAAAAGUCACAGAAUAGAUGCAAUUUUCACAUUGUUUCGUAUCGCCUAUUUCCAUGGGUGCAACAUCAGGUUGAUGAAAUCUGUGAUUGAAAAGGCGGCCGAUCUGAUCGAAACCAGCGGAGGUGAUUGGAGUGCUCGUAACAAACUAAAAGCGUACGAAGGCAUCUGGUCGUUAGCAAUUAGAGAUUUCACCCGAGCUGCCAAUCUGUUCGUCGACGUAGUGCCAACUUUCGAAUCUUACGAACUCGCGUCGUUCGGUACAAUUAUUAGAUACACCGUAUACGCUUGUAUGAUUGCAUUGCCUCGUAGUGAGUUGAAGAAGAAACUUCUCCAUCACGGUGUCAUGGCUCAAGCUCUUAAUUCAGAGUAUAAAGAUCUAAAGGAGUAUUUCCUUUCCCUUUACGAUGGCAGAUACGCAGAUUUCUUCAUAUGUUUAGCGAAAGUUGAAGCUGAUAUGAAACGAGAUCCUCUCCUAAACCCGCACUAUCGUCAUUACAAUCAAGCAAUGCGAUUACGGGCAUACAAGCAGAUUUUACAGGCUUAUAGAUCUCUGAGUUUAGACUACAUGGCUAAAUCUUUUGGAGUUACGGUAGAUUUUAUCGAAGCUGAAGUUUCUAGAUUUGCUGCUGCUGGCAGAUUACAGUGUAAAAUUGAUUCCGUCGCUGGAGCUGUAGUUACUAGCCAUUACACUCAUAGUAAAAGUGAUUUUCAAUCCGAAGCACCGGAAGCUACCUUGGUUCGUGGUAUGCUUUAUCAAUCUACCGUCAAGAAAGGCGAUAUUCUUCUUAAUCGUUUGAAGAAACUUGCUAGGAUUAUUGAUUUCUAAAUUUCAACGAUAAUGUCUUUGGAUAAUGUGUAUAAUGCCCUAAUUUGUUAUAAUAAAUCAUUAUAUUUUUUUUUGUAAUAAACAUAUUUGUAUGAAAUUAUAAUUUUAUUAAUUUUA